CGCUGGGAUGGAUUGUAGAGGAACGCAUGUGUUUAUUAUUUUUGUUAAAUAAAAUUUCAACGUUAUCAUGUAUUAAACUCAUUAUGAUAUUUCACAAGAAUGUCCAAAAGUGAUUUAUUUACUAAAUGAAACUUGAAAUAUUAGUGCCAACGGUGUAUCUCGUAACAUAAACAGAAUAUGUGACUCAAAUCGAAGAAAUGGAGGAGGAAAGUGCUGUUAGUGCAAACGAAGUCCGCGAGGCAUCGCUAAUUGAGGCGGAGUCAUCGAUCACCGACAUCGUUCCCGAAAAAGAAUCUAACCUCACCUCUACUGAAAAUCAGACGGACGUCAGCUUGUGUGUUAACAAUAAAGACGAGAGUGGGGUCGUGCUAGACGGUUUCGACGACAGUAAAAAUGUGACGGUCGAGUCGAUUAUAGACAAUGACGCCUGUGAAGCGAUCGACGACGCGAGGUCGUUGGGGGAUAUGGACAGCCUGCCCGCCGGCGACGAGCUGGUGCUGGGCGCGGCCGGCAGCGACAGUGGCGUGGAGGGCUGCGGCCGCGCGCUCAGCAGCGGCGGCGGCUCGCGAUCCUGCGCCUCCAGUGUUGUCUCCUGCGGCUCCGGCUGCGGCUCCGAGAGCUCUUCGUUGGCGGGAGCACCGCUACGCACUCGCCGCCGCGUAAACGUCACCGUCAUUGAGGCUAAGAAGAGCUCGCCCGUCGGAUCGUCCACGCCCCGCCCGACUACGGCGCCGAGAGGUCCCAACCUGGCGACACGGGAGCGCGCGAGGAGUAGAGAAAAACCGACGCCGCCCGAGAAACCGCGGCCGCUCACACCGAAGCCUCGAAUGCGCCCCACUGCCGACCUUCCCAAUCUAGUCCGGGAGAGCCCCGCCUUGCGAGCUAAGCCCACAAAAACUUCCACGGCGAGGUGUCGGACGCCGAGUUCUCCGAGUGACGAAAAGAAAUGGCCGACCAACGGUCCGAGGUUGACGCCCGUCUCGGAUUCUGCGGGCGCGACCAGAGUGGCGGCGGACAAGUACGGCACGUUGCCGCGCAGGCGAAGAGACGCCGACGCGGAGAGUUCACCCAAGCACGAUAGCACACCGCCAACUUCCCGCCGACCUACUGUCGCCCGCUCCGCCUCGUCGCGUUCCACACUCAGGACGAGAGUGCGCAUCUACGCCGAGAAGAACUGCCAGACUGUGCUACUAGGAAACGAUAUUGAGUCAGCGUUAGCAGGGAUCAUUCCUAACAUUGAAAGCCGUAUCGAAGUGUCGCGCUGUCACCGCGGCGUACAGGCAAGCGCCCGCGACGCCGAGCUGUGCCGGCUGGGCGCGGCGGCGGCGGCAGCGGAGGCGAGCGCGGCGGAGGAGCGCGAGCGCAGGCAACACGCCGAGGCGCAGCUGGCGGCCGAGCGCGCCGCGCGUCUUGCUGCCAUCGCAGAGCUCGAGCGGAACUCGCAGCGCCUGCUUGAGCUCGCCGGAGCUGGUGCGGGGGCGGGUGCUGAGGGGUGCCUGCGCGCGCUGGAGGAGCAGCUGAGGUCAGCAAGCGAGCUGGCGGGCCGCCAGCGCGCGGAGAUUGACGCACUCCGGGACCACUGCAACAAACUACACGCGGAGGCGUUGAGCGGUCGCGAAGCGGCACGACUAGCAGAAGCGCGGCUGGCGGAGGCGGAGCGCGAGGCGUCCGAGAUGCAGGACUUCCUGGCCGCGGAGACCGGCGCGCUCAGCGACUCGCUGCGGGAGGCCGACGCCGAGCUCGUCCGCCUGAGCACAGACCUCGAGCGCAGGCGUGCGGAGUGCCGGCAGCUGGUGCGCAUGUGCGAGCAGCGGCGGCAGGAGGCGCUGGCGGCGGCGGCGCGCGCACGCAGCGGGGGCGGGGCCGCGCCCGCACUGGACGCGCUUGCCCGCCGCCUGCGCGCCCUCACCGACGCCGUGCUGCGCGCCUACGCAUUACCCCGUGACGCCUCGCUACCCAGUGUAUACCAUAACGACGCUUACAACAGCCACAGUGACAGCGGUGAGCAGUUAUCACCUGACGAGGAGGCGCGCGGUGGUCUGCUGGGCGCGAUAGUGCGUGCGCUGCGUGCCGCGCCCACAGCCGCGCCUAGCGCCCACACCGCACAAGCUGCACCCGCACCCCCCGCACCACACGACGACGACCGCUCGCGCAUCUCCGACGACAACGACAACUCCGCGGACCUGCUCGACUCGGAGACGGAGCCAUGUCUUGUCACUGAUCCAGAGUGCUUGGAGGAGUGGUGGUCGGGCGCGGAGGGUGCGGAGGCGGGCGAGGGGGGCGAGUACGCCGGCGUAUGGAGCGGGGAGGAGCUCUCUCCCGAGAGGGAGUCCUGCGCAGACGACAGGGAGGGUGGGGAGGGCGAGUCUGCGUCCGCGUCUGAGCGCGAGUCUCUGCGCACGUUGUCAGCGGCGAUCGCUCAGCGACAGCGGUCCGAGGCGGAGGCGCAGGAGGCGCAGGAGGCGGAGCGCGGCUCGCUGCUGGAGCGCGUGCUGUCGCUGGACGCGCGCCUCUCUGAGCUGCUGCGUGCGCUGCGACACGCCGCCGCCGCCGCCGCGCGACACGACGACACGCCCGCCGCCGCGCUCGCACACGCGCUCCGAGAGAAGAUCGACGUGACGGAGAAGAACGUGGCAGACGUGGUGGUGAAGAAGCUGGCGGAGCUGGAUGCCAGCAGACACAUGAUGGAGCAGUACCGACACAGCGUUGAAAUGCUAAAAAAGCAGCUGGCUCAGUCCGGUGAAGAGGAGGAAAUUAAUUUUAUUGAGGAGGAGUUGGCGGGUUGCGGGGAGAACGAGCGUCGUCAGCGAUACGAAGCGCUGGACGCAGCGCUAGGCGCGCUCGCCGCGGUGGACGGGUGGCCGCGUCUCGCAGCGCUGCAGCGCCGCCUCGAGCGCCUCGCCUUCGCGCUCGCAGCGCCGCCGCCGCCGCACUCCGCCUAGCUGCAGGUCACUGACCCCGCGCCCGCUCGCGCACGCAUCAGCUGACACACGCUACACGUAUCCAAAAGCGCGGGAACUUUCACAACGCGCGCGA